AUGGGCACAAAGCUCCUGCGCUCCCGCACCUCCCGAGCCUCAGCCCGCUGUGACACACAGCAAGGCGCGAUACAGAGAUUUGGAAAGUCGAGAAAGGCAGGGACAGGUGCAGGGCUAUCGGAUGCCAAAGACGUCGUUUCCUCGAAGAAACGUAAAAUAGGCGAUAGCCAGGUCGAGAUUAGCAGCAGGAAUGAGCACGAGAACUCACUUGACGACGAACCCAUUGCAAGAGCGCCUAAAGUAGCAAGGCUGAGAAAUUCCUCUACCUUAUUGCCUACACCCCAUUCUUCCUCUUCCUCAUGCAUUACGACAGGGUCGACAUCUCCCUUAACGCCAACGAGGCGUUUUCGAUCCCCCAGCCCAUCUCCAUCCACAACCGAUAACCGCAGAUUUCAGCAACCAACCCUAUCCAAUACCAACAUCAAUCCUGAUGAAAUAUUAGAUAAUGAUGAUGACAACUGGCCCCAAUCCUUCUACGAUCUUACAAACCUACAUUCUUCCUUUCUUACCGCUUUAUCGCUAAACUAUGCUCAUAAUGGCCGAAACACAUCUACGGACCUCAACCAACUACUACCAUGCAUAGAGAAGAUAUGGAAAAAGCGCAAGGUCGAGAGGAAAGACCUACAAAGACUGUUGUAUAUAUUAGAAAGCGAUCUGGAAAUAUCGGACAGAGAGAAAGGCUCAAACACUGAUUCGGGGCCCCCAUUUAACGAAACUGAGUUAAAUGAUCUAUUCACUCGCAAUCUCGGACGCAUCUGGCGGAAGAACCUAAAGGAUUCUGAUCAGAAAGAAUUAAACGUCGAUUUCCCACACACCAUCCCACUGGCUCCCAUCCACGAUUCAUCCACUAUCUUUAACUCGCUAAGCAUUGGACAACAACGUCUUCUCGAUUUCCAAAGAGGAGUAUUGGGGGUGAAAGCAGCGGUCGAUAAUCCCGAAAGUCGCAAAUGUGGUGAAAGAGCAGCAUCUUACGCAAGAAGCUCGUGUGGUGCAGGUACCACAGGACGACGGAACGGGCUCCUUCAAAGAAUCCAGAACAAACAACUCAAGCAAACGACGCUGGCUCCCCCGCUGUCAAAGGAAGCCAUACUACGCCGCUCAGCCGUCGAUUUGGUUGAAGAAGUUGUUGGCGUAUUGAUUUUACUGAGGCCGUCAUGUUCGAUUUCGUCUUCUUCUUUAUUGAGUGGGGGACGUGGGUCUUUAUCUUCCGCCGCGACCGUCACACCAUCACAUAAAAAGCCAUAUAGUUGGAACACCAUCAUUCAAAAUAUUCGGGACUCCUUGAGAUGCCCGAUAUCAAACCAGGAGGUGGAGGCGUGUUUGGAUCUCCUCGUACGGCCAUCGGUUGCCGGGGAGUGGAUCAGUAUUGUUACCGUGAAUAGAAUCAAGUCUGUCGUGUUGAGGUCUGGGUGUGAUAUUUCACCACAGGAGAUCGGGACAGUACAUGGCGGUCAUUAUAAACAACAACCUUCACGCGCGCAUUACAGAAUCCGCAAGGCGCGAAUCAUCCAAAUUUCUCGCAAGCGAUCUUUUAGACGUUCCAAAACCAAAUUCUUCCCCGCCUUCGACUCUGUACUCGUCUUAAGCUACAGCGAGGAAUAA